UAAAGCGUCGCUAAUUCGUGCUCGUUGAUUCUAGGCUCCAUCAUUGAGUACAAUGUCAUAUAUUGGGAUUCGUACUACCUUGAUUGCCAGUACAUCUCAGGAGCAGCAUUCACUAGUUCGCCCGCAGUUAUUACUGGCUUGGUGCCCGGGAAAAGCUAUUUGAUUGCACCUGUUACCUGGAAUGAGAAUGGCCAAGGACUGCCAACCUUCGCCAAUAACGCUGUGCCAGGUGCCGGAACACCUUCUGUUCCAACAGACCUUGUGGUCGUUUCCAACGACCCUACCACUAUUCACGCUACUUGGACUGGGUCAGAUUCUGCUGGAGGCUAUCACCUCUGGUCUCGAAGUGUCGACACGGCAAAUGCGCCAUGGAAGCUGGCUGGUAAUAUCACUCAUGGAACUUGUGCAGACUCGAAUUGGCUUUUUCCUGGCACGUGGCACUAUGAGUGGAGUGUCACUGCAUUUAAUGGGAACGAGGAGUCUGCACAAGCACCAGCAGUGCUCGCCCCAUCUCCAGCCAGCACAGUCACUGAAGGGAGUCCUGGACCCACUUGCCCUCCUGCCCCAUCUUGGUGUCCUGCUGGAGCCGGUGCCUCGGUUCCUACUGAAAGCGGAGGCACACUUCCUACUACCGGGCUUCCAACUCAAGUUACCUCACUUGAGACGAUCACAACGGAUGGCGUGACGAUCACCCUUACGCCUUUACCUACUGCUACUGUAGAGACUCUAACGGAACCUGACGGCUCCACAAUUACAUUGACUCUACCCUCAGGUUCGCCGGUGAUUACUGGUCUUGAAACCAUCACCACAGAUGGCUCUACCCUUACGGUAGGACCAGCUGGCAGCUUCACCGAAACGCUGACAGAACCUGAUGGAUCCACCAUUGUCUUGACUUUCCCUUCAGGCUCGCCAGUGAU